AUGAAGAAGAAGCAGGAGCAGCAUGCAGAGGCUGCAUACGCCAAACGGAAACGGAAAAAGAAACUGAAACCCUCUGGUUUCGCUCUUCUUAGUCUUGAAGGUUCCGAUUCCAAUUCCAUCUUCGGUUUGUUACUUGCAUCUCUUACGAAGCACCACCGUCCCCUUAUCAACAAAUGCUUACUCACAAUUCGCCCUUCCCUUCUCUCCCAAUCCUCCUUCACGCCCAUUCUAGCUCUCCUCCCUGCUCUUCUCAGCUCCAACUGCUCCGAUAUCGCGUGCCGCGCCGCCGAUAUCGUCGGCGCUGUCUCGCUCGUCUCCUUGGAGGCGAACGAGCAGGUUGCCUCCGAUUCCCAGGCUCUUAAGGGUUUGAUAUCGCUGUUGGAGAGUCCCAAGAGAAAGGUUCUGUUAUCUGCAUGCAAUGCGGUGUUGGAUUUAUCCGCCACCACCUUCGGCCAACGCCAGCUGCUCAAGUUUUAUGCUUUGGAGAAACUAAUGUAUGUGUUUCUCCAGAUUUUUAAGCGUGUAGAAUCAGUCUCUCUGUGGUCUGAAGGAAAUCGAAGUUUCGGCUCUCUUAAGAUUGGGAUUAAGGAAGAUGAAGUUUCAGCUGGGUUUGUCAGUGCAACUGUUACUCUUAUCAAUACCUGUGAAGUUGAGCAACUGCAAAGUAUCCCAAGAAGCCUUUCUGACGCAUUUCUGAGGCUUUUAAAAGCGUUAUGGACAAAAGUAAGUGAUCAAGUGCUAAUGAAAGCAGCUGUGAAAUAUAAUGAAGGAGGUUACCUUUGUAAAAGCAACAUUGGAGUUAGUAACCUUGCUGAAGCCAUUUUUAGGCUUUCUGCUAAUUCUUGUCGACUUACUGUCUCUAUGCCGUUUGAAGUGAUCAAAGCAGGACUUUUUGGAACAAGUGAGUCUAGUUUUGAAGAUUUUUUAUCAAACUACUGGGAAGUUUCGCCAUUUCUGUUACAUGGGACAGUGAAUGAUCCAGAUGUCUAUGAUAUGUUCAGCCCAUUUAAAAAAUCUUUGAGUUGGACAGGGUGUGCUCCUUCCCUUAUUUCCUCAAUUCUCCAUAGUCUAGUGUCAUGUUUUCCUAUUGCCUCGGAUGAACUGAACAUCUUCAAUUUUCUCAAUGAGGUGAAAGACAGAUUGGGUUGUCCCAUAAUCUAUAAGCAGGAUAUAAGAGUUGUAAAAGCAGAAUGGCAAUCAAGAAAAGAGAUGCAUUAUUUUCAGGAUUUUCAUCCAGGCUGCAUUAAGGAACCUCAGUAUUUUAUGAUUGAUGAUGUCUUGAAGUGUGUCCAAGCAUAUAAAGAGGGGUAUACUAUUGCCCUGCGUGGUUUGGAGUUUCGUUUUCAGAGCAUUGCUGCUGUUGCAGAAACAUUAGCGCUUAUGUUUGGUCAACCUUCAGUAGGUGCCAAUUUGUACUUAACGCCACCUAAUUCUCAAGGGUUGGCUUGUCACUAUGAUGAUCACUGUGUAUUUGUAUGCCAGAUUUUCGGUUCUAAGCAGUGGACUGUAUUCUCUCAAUCCAGUCAGCUGUUACCACGGUUAUAUGAUGAUCUAAAUGGUUCUGAUAUUGACUAUACUAAAGCUGGAAAAAGGGAGUUCUUUCUCAAGGAGGGUGAUGUGUUGUAUAUUCCCAGAGGUUUUCCUCAUGAAGCUUACACAACCUCUGGAGAUGGUUCUCCUGAGUUUUCUUUGCAUCUUACACUUAGUAUUGAGGUUGAACCUCCUUUUGAGUGGGAAGGAAUAAUACAUUUUGCACUUCAUUGCUGGGGUGAAUACCAGAAAAGACCUUGUUUUGAUGGCUUGAACUCUCUGUCUCAAAAACUUCAUCUUGUGUCUGUUAAUCUGUUACAUGUUGCUAUCGGGAUCAUUGGCAAUUUGGAUUCUAGCUUUCGGAAAGCAUGCUUAACUGCUGCAUUUACCUUGCAGCCAGAUGUUUAUAAUAGGAUUUCUCAGUGUCAGAAAAAUUAUUUUUUGCUCUUAGUUGAUAAAGUUCGUACUGAAUCUAGAUUCUUGGAAGUGCUGAAUAGCAUAGAGGUUGCAGUUCAGAAAAAUGAAGACCCAUUUCAACAAAUUCGAUGGCUUUGGGUUCAUCUGGAAAAGGGGACCAGUGAUGUAUAUAAAAAUAAAUCUUCGAUGAUUGAAGACGUACUCUCUCUGUGCGACCAACACAAGGAUGAAUUAGAAGCUGCUUUUGUUAAUUUAAUUUCCAGGUUUUGUAGUGAGGUGGUAUUUGAGGAUGUAGUAACUAGGCACAUGCUGCUACUUCAGAAGUAUAGCAAGAUUAGAAAACAAUAUAUUGAUGGUAUGGUUUCACUUCAUGAUAAAUUAUAGUAUAACCGUUUUAUUUUUUUUA